AUGGCUGACCAUUCAGGCAACGCGCUGAAGCGGCCUCACCCCGAGGAUGACGGCAGCAACACCCAGAAAAGGACCCGAUCAAACAAUGGGUCUCCGGCACCUGGUCAAGGAGGUCCUAUUUCUGGGAAGGUCGAUAUCGAGAAGAUGGUCGCUGAGGCACGAGCCAAAGCUGAAGCUGUGCGGGCUCGUCUACAGGCCGCUCGAGGCGGCCCAUCACCUACAGUGCCUUCAACAGAGUCCAGUCCCAGCCCUGCACCACCGACUAUGAGCCCCGCUAUGUCUAGGUUGGAACAGAUGAAAGCGAGAGUAGCAGCAGCUACGAGUAGGGCCGGCGCAGCGGCGUCCCAACAGCGAACGAAUGCCCCAGCACCUUCCUACCAACCUCCAGUGCUCGACGAUGAAGGCCUCUCGAAGGCUCGCGGUGGUCUGGAUGUCGGCCUCCACCCAGCUCUACUCUCCGACACGACGCCGAGCUUCCGUGGGGCCAAGGGUCGCCAGCAGACUAAGACCGGAAAUCGACGCCUGGAUCCCAAUAAGCAGCUCGACUUGUCCGGCCCAUCGAUCGAGGAAAUCAAGAACCAACCUUACUUCGAUCCAAGCCUUGGUCCAAAGGCAACGAUGGCAAAACCACGCCAGGCGCGACAACUCAUAUUCAAUGAGAAAGGCAAAUAUAUCCAGCAGGCAGCUGCGCUGCGCCGACAGGCGCAGUUGGAGGCUAUGAAAAAGCGGAUCGCGGAGAAAGCAAGACAAGCUGGUAUUGAUGAAGAUUUGGAUGUGGAGAAGUCAUACUUGGUCCCAGCUCCUCCAGCUUUGGAGUGGUGGGAUGAAGGUUUGGUCAACGGUAGCGACUAUGCCGCCAUUGAUGAUCCAGCGAACCUCAAAGUCGAGACCGCCGACACUAUCAUUACCCGCUAUGUCCAACACCCUAUCCUCCUCGAACCACCACAGGAGAAGCAUAUGCCUGCUCAGAAGCCCAUGCAUCUCACGCCGAAGGAACAAGCGAAGAUCCGUCGACAGCGCCGCAUGGCCGAUUUGAAGGAACAACAAGCAAAGAUUAGGCUAGGUUUGGAGCCAGCACCAGCCCCCAAAGUCAAAAAGUCCAAUCUUAUGCGAGUUCUGGGUGAACAGGCGGUUAAAGAUCCUACGGCCGUGGAGGCCCGAGUGAACAGGGAGAUUGCAGAGCGAAAAGAGGCCCAUGAGACGAUGAAUGAGGAACGCAAGUUGACUCAAGAUCAACGACGUGAGAAGCUGGCGUCUCAGCAGGAGAAGGAUGCCGAAUUGGGCAUCUAUGUCUCCGUCUACCGGAUCGACAGCCUUGCGAGCGGCCGGAACCGUUUCAAGGUCAAUAAGAACGCCGAGCAGAAUGCUUUGACUGGAAUUUGUGUCAUGCAUCCGAAACUCAACUUGGUGAUUGUGGAAGGUGGCAAACACUCCAUCAAUAAUUACCGAAAACUGAUGCUCAAUCGAAUUGAUUGGACCGACAACCCUGGUCCAGGAACUUCGGAUGGAAAAGAUGAAGGUCAACCUAUUUGGCUGUCUACGGAAGAUGAAAGGGGCGAACUACGCGAUUUUGGUAACAACACUUGCACACUUCUCUGGGAAGGUCAAGCAAAAACCCGGGUGUUUAGGAAAUGGCUGGGUGCCAGAAUCUGCGAGUCCGAUUCCGCGGCCAAAGACGUUCUGACCCGCUCAAAGAUGGAGAACUUCUGGACUUUGGCAAAGAGCGCCAAACCAGCUGAAUUUUGA